AGAUUAUUAUAAUUUUGGUAGAUUUUCAUUUCGGUCGUAGUUUCUUUCUCCAUCCAGGACUUCAAUUUUUCAUCUCAAUUUCGCACUUUGAUUCUCUGUCGUGAACAAUCUUCUGAUCAAAUCACUCCGAUUUUACUCAGAUCUCGCGUAUUAACCUCUGAUUCCAUCUUGAAGUUUAGCCAUAUUCCAUUUCCAUGGCGACUGCACCACUUAAGGCGGUGUCCUUAACGCAUGUCCGGUACCAGAGGGGAGAUCAGCUCGGCCAUUUCUUGGCUUGGGUAUCGUUAGUCCCUGUUUUCAUCAGCCUCGGUGGAUUUCUCUCUCACUUCAUCUUCCGCCGCGAAUUACAGGGUAUGUUCUUCGCGCUAGGGCUCCUAAUCUCUCAAUUCAUCAAUGAGUUCAUCAAGACGUCUGUUCAGCAAGCUCGCCCUGAGACUUGUGCGUUAUUGGAAAUGUGUGAUUCGCAUGGUUGGCCUUCUAGUCACUCUCAGUAUAUGUUUUUCUUCGCUAUAUACUUCACUUUAUUGUCGUAUAAAGGAAUUGGACUAUGGGGGACUGAGAGCAAGUGGAUAAUGAACCUACUGGCUUGGUCUCUGGCUCUCUUGACGAUGUAUUCGAGGGUGUAUUUGGGAUACCAUAGUGUUGCGCAGGUUUUUGCUGGUGCUACGCUCGGAAUGUUCCUUGGAGCUCUGUGGUUCUGGGUUGUAAAUUCUGUGCUUUUCUGCUACUUCCCGGCGAUUGAGGAGAGCCAGUUUGGCAGGAAGUUUUACAUCAAGGACACUUCUCACAUAAGCAAUGUUUUGAAAUUUGAGUAUGAUAAUGCAAGAGCUGCUAGAGAAAAGUUGGAUUGUAAGUGCGAUUGAUCGAGUGGGAUCUGAUAUGUGAGAAGGAGAGCCAAGAAUGCUGUUGAAAAUGUUGUUUCAGGAGAACCAGGUUAUGAUAUAUGAAAACACCCAAAGAAACCAGCUUUGCAAAGGGAUCAAUUCACCAUUGCAGAUUACUGAAGAGACUUUACUUACUGGCUGCAGUGAUAUUUCUGCUCAUAGACAGCCUUAAUUAGGUAUAAACAUUGAUCAUUUAAUACUUCAAUUUAUAAACAUAGUUUGAAAUGUUUUAUUAAGGUACCUGCACAGUUUUUCAUUUAUUUGGGUACAGAGGAUCUUCUCUACUAAAAUAUACUAAAAUAGACCUAAUUUUAAAUCUC